AUGCUUUUGGAUCUGUUGGACUUAAUCACCUGUACCGAUAACGCGGGUUGCCAGGACGGAAAGACUUGUGAAUCGGGUACGUGCACCUGUCCAGCUGGUUCAACCUGUGACGGAGUCACCUGUACCGAUAACGCGGGUUGCCAGGACGGAAAGACUUGUGAAUCGGGUACGUGCACCUGUCCAGCUGGUUCAACCUGUGACGGAGGUGACGGAGUCACCUGUACCGAUAACGCGGGUUGCCAGGACGGAAAGACUUGUGAAUCGGGUACGUGCACCUGUCCAGCUGGUUCAACCUGUGACGGAGCAACUACCCCGGCCACAAGAAUGCAAGGGACUCUUCAAUGUCAUUCCUGUUCGACUAACUCCAUAACGGAUGUUUGCUCUACUGCUGAUGACCUUGCAAGCGGUUCCGGAGUAUCAACUGUUACAUGCUAUCAAGGACAGCGUUGUUGGACUGAUCAUUAUGCAAACUCAUCACACACGGUUGUGUCGCGUGGAUGUACAGAUGAGCCAUGUGAAGACUUGCAUGAAGGUGGUGGACCUUAUUGCAUUAUGGCUAAUGGUGUUACCAGUUGCACAUCCUGUUGUACUGAAUCAAAAUGCAACGACAACAAAUCCAACUCUGAGGGUCUCACUUGUAGCUGUGUGACAUGGCUGACAUCUCUUUUCUCAGUGGUCAUCAUGUUCAUCACUUAUAGAACCUAA